GCCGCGCAGCCGAGGGCCCCGCGCUCCGGAAGUGAAGCUGCCAGACCACCGACUAAUGGAUGCGGAGCUGAGGGCCCGCUGACCGCUCUCGGCGCCAGGGGCGGCUUGGCUUGGCUGGAGCUGAGAGAAACCCAGACACGCCAUUGUGCAGAGUUGGGUGACAUCUUCCUGUGCUACAAGCAGAAUACAUAAGCUCCGUGGCUGUCAUGGAACGUUUUGGAAUGCACAAACAGGAGCCCAAGCCACUCUGCUGGGAGACUUCCCUCCAGGAGUUCUGGGUGCAAGAGUGAAGGCGACUCCCCACUGGCUAGAGAGAGGUGAGGCGGCGGAGACCCAGAGGGCAGUGCAAACAGCUCUUGCACACGCUUCCGAUGGGGCAGCCCCACCACGUGGCUGCGUGAGAGAAACAGCAGCCACUGGGCUGCAGAGCCACAGGCCGUGGUCCUGUCAUAACUGAGAUACUAACCACCCAGCUUGGGUCAGGUCUGGAGACCGCACGGAAAGUGCCGAGCUCUUGCCACUGAGCAGUGAGGGUUAUUGGUACAGAAAACUAGGACCUAGGACCCGUUCACUGGUGGGUUAUAAGUUUAGAAGUUCAUCCAGGAUAUUCUCAAUUCUAAGGCAACGCCCAUCUACCCCACAAACUAAUCUGUAGCCCUAGAGUUCAAGCGAGUCAAUAUCUGGGGCAAUGGCGCUGGCCCUGUUGGAGGACUGGUGUAGGAUCAUGAGUGUGGAUGAUCAGAAAUCACUGAUGGUCACGGGGAUACCAGUGGGCUGCAAUGAAACCGAGAUUCAGGAGGUCCUCCAGGAGACUUUAAAGUCUCUGGGCAGGUAUAGAGUGCUUGGCAAAAUAUUCAGGAAGCAGGAGAAUGCCAAUGCUGUGUUGGUAGAGCUUCUGGAGGACACCGACGUCUCCGUGAUCCCCAGUGAGGUUCGGGGAAAGGGGGGUAUCUGGAAAGUGAUCUUUAAGACCCCUAACCAGGACACUGAAUUUCUUGAAAGACUGAACCUCUUUCUGGAGAAAGAGGGGCAGACGGUCUCGGGAAUGUUCCGAGCGCUUGGGCACGAGGGAGUGUCUCCAGCGGCCAUGCCCCGUGUCUCACCAGAGUUAUUGGCCCAUCUGCUGGGACAGGCAAUAGCACACGCCCCUCAGCCUUUGCUCCCCAUGAGGUACCGGAAACUGAGAGUGUUCUCGGGGAGCGCUGUGCCCGCCCCAGAGGAAGAGCCCUUUGAAAUCUGGUUGGAACAGGCCACCGAGAUAGUCAAAGAGUGGCCGGUAGCAGAGGCAGAAAAGAAAAGAUGGUUGAUGGAAAGCCUUCGUGGCCCUGCCCUGGACCUCAUGCACAUAGUCCAGGCAGACAACCCGUCCAUAAGUGUGGAGGAGUGUUUGGAAGCAUUUAAGCAAGUGUUUGGAAGCCUGGAGAGUCGCAGGACCUCCCAGGUGAAGUACCUGAAGACCUAUCAGGAGGAAGGAGAGAAGGUCUCAGCGUACGUGUUACGGCUAGAAGCCCUGCUGCGGAGGGCUGUGGAGAAGCGGGCCAUCCCGAGGAGCAUCGCGGACCAGGUCCGCCUGGAGCAGGUCAUGGCCGGGGCGAGCCUCAGUGAGAUCCUCUGGUGUAGGCUCAGGGAGCUGAGAGACCAGGGGCCUCCUCCCAGCUUCCUGGACUUAAUGAAGGUCAUCCGCGAGGAAGAGGAGGAAGAGGCCUCUUUCGAAAAUGAGAAUACUCAAGAGCCGGAAGAUGGGGAUGGCUCAGGCCACUGGGAUAACAGGGCCGAUGACUAAAACCCAACUCACAGGGGGACCCACAGCCGGCAGGGGGAGAGGCAGCCAUUUUACCAGGCUAAGACCUUUUCAGUCUUUUUUUUUUCUCUCAUUUACACAGUUGAAAUCAAGGCAUUCAAGCCCGGUCUUGAUUCUUCUUUCUAAGAAAAAAAAUAUCUGAGAGUUUUUUGGACCCUACAUAGACUAUUAAUAAACAAAAAAUUAAAUUCCAAAUACGAGAUAGUACGCCUGAAGCAAUCUGAACCAGGUUUCCUUUAAAUACCCCCCAACAGACCAUAAGAAAGAAAUGAUGUGAGAAAAAAACAAAUCUUUUGUCAUCUAUGUAAGAAUCCAAGCUCUCUGAGUUAUCAAGUGUUUUCCUUUCUCACAUCAGCAAGGGGACCGAGUACACAUCUCUGAGUACCAAGCCACGUGAGGCAGUGUUGGAAGAGCUAACGGUCAUAGACCUACCAGCCUGGCCCUGCUCUCAGGGAGAACAUAGCCUCCGAGUCCGAAAAGCUAAAUAACCUUACGUGUAAACAAGUUCACGGCGCCAAUAGAAGCCAAGAGAAGUGUCGUUGCCAAAUGAGCACGACAUCUCUAUCUUAGGUUUCUCUCUUUUCUUUUCUUUUUUUUUUUUUUUUUUUGCGGUACGCGGGCCUCUCACUGUUGUGGCCUCUCCCGUUGCGGAGCACAGGCUCCGGACGCGCAGGCUCAGCGGCCAUGGCUCACGGGCCCAGCCGCUCCGCGGCAUGUGAGAUCUUCCCGGACCGGGGCACGAACCCACGUCCCCUGCAUCGGCAGGCGGACUCUCAACCACUGCGCCACCAGGGAAGCCCUAGGUUUCUCUCUUUUCUUACUUGGGAAGCACUUCCCGCUUCUCUGCUGGGUGUCAGAUAGAUGGUUCCAGGCAGUGUGUUGGGCCCUGAGGACACAGAGGUCCACCGUGUGAGGGACAUCCUCAAGAAAGGGUAGACAUCACAGGAGGGCCUGACAGAGCAUGGGGCUGUGCAGGCCACGUUUGGAUUCGGGCCAGCCUGGAUACAGAGGAGGAGUUUUAGCGGCAACAAAGGGCAAAGAGGAGAGGAGGAGAGCUCACGGUGACUGAGGACCUGCUCUGUUCUGGGCACUUUACACAUAUGUCAUUUUAUGGGUACAGCACCCCCAGUGUGGUAUAAUUAGGCUCAUUUUAAAAGAGAUGGGGAAAAAACCUCAGAUGGGUUACAUGGUCUGCUCGACAUCAAAAUGCUAUCAGGUAGCAGAGCCCAGACGGAAGUGCAGACCUCUCUGACACUGGCUAGUCCUCUCUCCACCGUGAUCGCGGUUUUCAAAUUGUGCUUUGUAGUUCUGCAGGGACUUUUCAGCAGCUCUCUCUUGCAAAUGUAUGUUAAACUCUUUAAAUCUCUAAUAAAUAACAGAUAGACGCAAGCGUGUUGGUAUCCGAAUUUUAACACGCUGGCAUUUACCAACAGGCUCGCUUUUGUUCUCAGAUUGACUCAUUUUGUACAGACCUUGGAAGAAAGGUUCCCUUGCGAUACGUGAGCACACAUCCAAGCUUAUUUUAAUUCUUCAUAGAUUAAGGAAGCCAUAGCAUGUCAGAGGUGUUUAAAUCAGGCCCGUGCAUGUCCUGUGACGUCAAGUGUGCUUCAAGCGUAAAUGAGCAUCAUUCAGUUAAAUGCUAGGCAAGGCUCCAACACAACUGAUGUAUAGCAUCAUGGUAGCUUUGUAUGUACAAUAAACAAGUGGCUUAACUUCUUGAAAUGGCAGUUUCCUCAUCAGAAAAAUGGGAGGACAAUAGAACAGGGUUGUUGCUAAGAUCAAAUGACAUAAUGCCUUUUAAGCACUUAGUGUGAUGUCUGGAACAUAGAAAGCCCUCAGUACAUCGAGACUCUUUUUAUUACUUUCACAAUGCUUAUUGUCCAGUCAACGCAUGCUCUCUUCCUUUUCUAACCGUCCUGCAGUAACAAGUAAAUAUGUAAUCUGCCUGUGAGGUUGUGAUAACAUUUGCAUUAGACACCGUUUUGGCUCUUGUGGUUAAGUUUGAGUGCUUGCUGUCUGUUAUCUUUGUGAUAAAUUUUCCAGCCAUUGUUGACUAUUGUUAGUGACUAUAAGAAAUAACUUCUUUCCGAUCGUGAGUAAUUUUAACUGAAGAAUAUCCUGAGAUUGUAAGAAAAACAUUUUUUUAAAGAGGUGCCAUUUGUGAUCAUUUAUCUAAGUUAUAUUCUUCAGUACUGUUCAACCAAAGGGAUACAACUGUCAUCCAGUACACCCUGAUUUCAUGUGUUUUUUGUAGUCAUGAAAAUGGCCUCGUUGUUCUCAUGUAGUCACAGUAUGCAAAGUAAAGUGUUAUAAAUGUGAAGUUAUAAAAUAAAUACAUGCUGGUAAUAAAGUUCUGAGUUUUUUCUGC